CGAGGGUUGGCGCCCCGCGGCCCUCGGCGGGAGUCUCCCCCUUGCUCUCGUCCCUCCUCCGUCGGCCUAGGCCGGGACUGGGGGCUUGACCUUUACUAGCUACCCUGCAGCUCGGCACAGCUUCUUAGCCGAAAACCUGCUGUCCCUCCCGGGUCGGCCUGGAGCGGUGUUUCAGAGCCGUGACGAGUAGUAACCGUUAAUAAUGUCUUUCAUCUUUGAGUGGAUCUACAAUGGCUUCAGCAGUGUGCUCCAGUUCCUAGGACUCUACAAGAAAUCUGGAAAACUUGUAUUUUUGGGUUUGGACAAUGCGGGCAAAACCACUCUUCUACACAUGCUCAAAGAUGACCGAUUGGGCCAACAUGUUCCGACAUUACAUCCAACAUCAGAAGAGCUGACAAUUGCUGGAAUGACUUUUACAACUUUUGAUCUUGGUGGGCAUGAGCAAGCACGCCGGGUUUGGAAAAAUUACCUCCCAGCAAUUAAUGGGAUUGUCUUUCUGGUGGACUGUGCAGAUCAUCCUCGCCUCAUGGAAUCCAAAGUUGAGCUAAAUGCUCUAAUGACUGAUGAGACAAUAUCCAAUGUGCCAAUCCUGAUCUUGGGUAACAAGAUAGACAGAACAGAUGCAAUCAGUGAAGAAAAACUCCGGGAGAUAUUUGGGCUUUAUGGACAGACCACAGGAAAGGGGAACGUGACCCUGAAAGAGCUGAACGCGCGCCCCAUGGAAGUGUUCAUGUGCAGUGUGCUCAAGAGGCAAGGCUACGGCGAGGGCUUCCGCUGGCUUUCCCAGUAUAUUGACUGAUGUUUGGACAGUGAAAAUAAAAGAGUUUUCCUUCUCUGGACUGAUCCUAUUCACAGCUUCCUCAUGAACUUUUCUAAUAGAACAAGGAAAGCUCUUCAACCGUGUCUGGCGUUGAGAAGCCAAGAAUCUCUGUCAGUCAGCUCUCUCAUUGCCCAGUGGUGAUACGUGCUCUUCUCCACACUGUUGGGAGGUGACGCUGCCCCACGUGCCGGCGCAGGUCAGCAUCCCGGGUCUUGGAAGCUGGCAGGAUUUGCUGAGUAAAGCUGUGUGCCAACAUGGGGCACCUGAAAAGAAAAACACGUCUCACCACUGUGGUUGAUUUCAAAAGAAAGUGAUUCUAUUUUUUAAAGAAAGUGUUGUUAAUGUAAUUGGUGUCCCUCCUAACUUUUUGAGUUAAAAAUUUCCUUGGUCCAGAGUUUUCUAUUCCUUUUUUUUUUUUUUUUUUUUUUUUUUGGAUCUAGUGAAUGGCAUUUAGAUACUUCAUAAUAUUAUGCACAGAAACACAUCGGAGGCCAGAACUCCCGUGAAAUGAACCUACUCCUGUUGCAUUAGCAGGUCAGUGAGAGAAGUUCCCCUGUGUCUGGCUGCCCGGCAGUAGGUGGCCCCACUUUGUGCAGCGAGGAGCCAGGAAGGGCAGGGCCUGGCCUGGCACUUGUAGCAGGUUUCCACCACGGAAGCCAGGAUCAUUCCUCAUUGUGGUAUGUAGAGCAGAUUGUUCACUGUGGAGGACUUCUUUAGAGAGGGGUUAUUUUAUUAUUUUUACUUCUAAAGUUACAAAUUUCAGCUAGUCUUUGCUUUUAUACUGUUGGGAAACUUCGUUUCUCUCCAUAGCACCUUUUUCAUUUUCAGUUUCAUAAAUGACUCUUGCCUCAUGAAAGAGAACAUCUCCCAUGUUGUCCUACACUGCAGGUGUGUGUCUGUUACUUUUGCACAGAUUCUAGGGGAAAAUUUUUUGAAGAGGUGAGUCCCACAGGACAGUUAACAGCCGACGGGCUUUUAAUUCUAUGAGUUGAGAACUUAAAAAUCUGGUAUUUGUAGCAUUUGCUUGGAUCCAGGAAAGAUUUAUUUAGUGGGCUUUAUUAUAUGUGCUGCUGAAGUGAGCACUACUUAGUGGGCUUUAAAAUUCUCACUUGCAGGAUUUGGUCUCUUUAUGGGACUGUUCAUGGCUCUUUUUAUCGGUUACCUUUUUUUUGGUAUGGAAUUGCCUUUCACCAUUCCAGAAGUAAGCUGGGAAAACUCUAAUCUAAUCUAAUAGCUUUGUGUAGUGCUAUUCCUUUUGAGCCAGCACAUCACUUGUCAGUAAGAGCUCAGUAUAAAAAGCCUCAGCAUGCCCAGUAGUGUGAUGAGGAUCAUUUUUAUAGCAUUCGUUUUUCUUGGUGCCACGAGUAAAAUUGGGUUUUCAUGAUUUUGACCAAUAUUAGAUCCUUUCUUAAGAUGAGUGGAUAUCUUCAUUUUUCUUUAAUGAGAGAUUAAAAGUAGUUUCCUCAAAACAAAAUUGUGAUGAUGAUGCUUUAUUUGCAAAGGAUUGAACUAAAUUCAGUGGAUUCUUGUGUCUAAUGUGAGGGUAAGGAAAGUGUGGAUAACAUACUCCAGAGGUGAGAGUAUUGUUCUUUAAUGGAUUUCUCGUUGUUAGUCUUCAGUACUGACCUAUUAGAAAAGCAUAUGUUCUCACUGCCAGGUACCAAAUGCAGAGGCUCAGUAAAGGAUAAAUCUGGGAAGAGCAUGCCUUUUCUUUAUUAGCAGGCAUAGCUGGAUUAAAACAAAAUUGUGGGUUUGGAAAGAGGUGAAAGCCUUAAAUGAACAAAUCUAGCUAAUGGUGAAUGAACUAGGUAGUUAACUUGCAUACUUUUAAUUCCUUUGGCUAAAGGUAACCCAUACUUCGUUAUCCAGAGACAUGAGAAGUAUGAUUGCAGUGCUAGUUUUCUUGUUUUCGUUUUUUUCCCAUUUGUCCCUAAUCACUUUGUAGCAAGCUAGAAAACUGUGGAUUCUACACAGCUCAGCUCUUUGUGAAAGUGGUUGACCACUGGAGAAAGAGGGGAUUGAAAAGUCAGUUGGCAUCCGUCUAUUUCUUGCUCCACAGAAAACACUGUUCCUAUAAUAAGAUCGCAAAAGAAGCCGCUGUGAGGAGCUUGACUCUUAACAGUAAGGAUCAGAGCUUUGUACAGGAAUUCCCAUAAAUUGAGACUUUUCAUUCUGUUUUAUCAGAGUGCAUAUAUGUCCUAUUUCAGGAAAAGUUAAAAUGGUCAUUUGCAAAAGAAAGUCAGUCUGUAUCUAAGCAUUUUAAUAAAAAGUUAAAACAAA